AUGUCUCUUUUGAAAAUAUGUCGAUGUAAACUAAAACCACUCCUUGAAGUUUUACUAAUGAGCUUGAUCAUAACAAUGGCCAUACUUUUAUUGUUGAUCCUACUUUAUGUCAAAUAUCUAAUCACUAAGGACGAUGAUACCAACAGUGGCGAUGAUGAUUCAUUGGUUCCACCAACACCGAUUUAUUCGUAUGGAACUCGAGUGGCAGGCUUAAUAGAAAAAAUAUACCCAGACGAGAAUAUUCACAAUAAAAAAUUAUUGUGCAACGGUCUUAUAGUACAGAAACAAACAGUUGUCUUCCUUGCAGAUUGUUUCAGAAGAAGUCGUGAGAAAACUCCUACUAAAUAUGUACAUUUUAUAACAAGUGGAUCUAAAUAUUGGCACCAUGACAGGAAUAUUCAUCAUGUGACCGAUUUUAGUACCAUAGGAACGGCCGGAAAAGAGAUCACGGUUAUCAAAGUAUGGCCUGAUUUUCCAUUGACUCGAAUGGGAUUACCCAACAAAAUUUACGUGGAAAAUGAAUACAAAUAUGAUGAGAAACAUCGACUCUUGGGAUGGGAUAUCAAUUCCAAAAGAGCAAGUACUCCACUAAAAAAUAUAUUAUACGUUGAAGAAUGCAGACCAAAUAUGUUAUCAGGAAUAUUAUUCACUGAAAAUUCUCUUGUGUCGGGUCUUCAUUAUGUUGAUUGUAGCAUUGGUGAUCUGGAUACCUUUGUUCCAUUUCCAACUGACGAAGUAGAAAAAAAUUAUCCUGAAAUUAAUGUCGUGAGAAUACCAAAACAAGGAGAACAAUCGCAGUCUGAAAAAGCAAAAGAAGAUACCGAAGCUGCAAACCCUGCGAAAACUCCAGAAACGGAUACAGAUACUACUGCAGAAGCAACUGAUUCUAUUCCAACAGAGUCAACUGAUACUAUUCCAUCAAAAUCAUCUGAUACUGAUACUAUUCCAUCAGAAUCUACUGAUAGUAAUCCAUCACAAUCAAGUGAUAGUGAUAGUAAUCCAUCAGAAUCAACUGAUAGUAAUCCAUCAGAAUCAACUGAUAGUAAUCCAUCAGAAUCAACUGAUAGUAAUCCAUCAGAAUCAACUGAUAGUAAUCCAUCACAAUCAACUGAUUCUCUACCGACAGAAUCACUCCUCAUUUUUGAGGUAGUACCUACUCCUAAUAAUAUGAUUCCAAGAAAUAAGUUUCAUAACUGUUUCUUGAGGAUGUAUUGA